CUAGUGUCAGAGUUCAACAAUCAAAAUAAUUGUUAUUAAGAGAACUUAAGACGUUGGCAUCGAAUACCUAUAACAAAAGACUACCUACUCUUAAAGAUGGGGGUUUUUAUGAGGAUUCUCACAGUAUUAUAUAUUUUAGCAAGUGUGGAAUGUUACAAAUUUGAAAAUACACUUGGACAUAUCAAGCCAAAAGCUAGUCCUGAUGUACAAUCUGUUGCUGUCCAACAACUUAUUCAAAGGAUACUUCAUCAAAAAGCUCUGAAAUUUUCAGUAAAUGUCGAUCCUCAAUUUUUGGUCGAUAAUAAAGAAGCUUUUAAAGUGUUUAAAGACCGUAAAGGUAUUAUAAAUAUAGUGGGGACAAGCGGAGUAGCUGCAGCAACAGGAUUUCAUCAUUAUUUAAAGUACUUUUGUAAUGCUCAUAUAUCUUGGGAGGUUUCACAGUUGGAGUUACCGGAAGAACUUCCUGCCGCCAACAUAACGAUUUCUUUUAACGACAGAUUUCGUUAUUAUCAAAAUACUUGUACCACCAGUUAUAGCUUCGUCUGGUGGGACUGGCAACGAUGGGAAAAACACAUAGACUGGAUGGCUUUGAACUCAUAUAAUUUCGUACUGGCCUUUAACGGACAAGAAGCCAUCUGGGAAAGGGUAUAUAAGAAGCUAAAUUUUAGCCAAAAAGACAUUGACGAACACUUUACUGGACCUGCGUUUUUGUCAUGGUUAAGAAUGGGAAAUAUGAGAGGUUGGGGUGGCCCUUUAUCUUCUGCUUGGCACGAAAGGUCAAUAUGGUUGCAGAAAAAGAUUCUUGAGAGAAUGAGGAGUCUUGGAAUGAUUCCUAUUUUGCCUGCAUUUGCUGGACAUUUACCAAGGGCUAUUAAAAGGAUAUAUCCAGACGUAAAUGUAACAAAGAUGGAUAUAUGGAACAACUUCAACGACACAUAUUGCUGUCCGUAUUUUCUAGAUCCAACUGAACCCCUCUUCAAAGUGAUUGGAAAAAUGUUUUUAGAGGAGCAAAUAAAAGAAUUUGGUACGGACCAUGUUUACAAUUGUGACAGUUUCAAUGAAGUUGAUCCUCCAACAACUGCUCUUAACUAUUUAUCCAAUGUUGGAAAAAGCAUUUAUGGAGCUAUGACCGAAAGUGAUCCUGAUGCUGUAUGGAUUAUGCAGGGUUGGCUAUUUGUUCAUUCUUUUUUCUUUUGGACGCCAAACAGGGUCAAGGCACUCUUGACUUCAGUUCCAAAUGGCAAAAUGAUAAUAUUAGACCUACAAUCGGAAGAGUUUCCCCAAUUCGAUAGGCUACAGCAAUAUUUUGGGCAACCGUAUAUAUGGUGUAUGUUGCACGAUUUCGGUGGUACUCUUGGUAUGUUUGGAUCAGCUAGUAUCGUAAACGAGAACGUUAUAAAAGCGAGAAACCAAGAAAACAGUACCAUGAUAGGAACCGGCCUAACUCCUGAGGGUAUUAAUCAAAAUUACGUUAUAUACGAUUUAAUGUCGGAGUCAGCUUGGAGGAAAGAACCUUCAGAUUUACAGCAGUGGUUUAGAAAUUAUACGAUUAGAAGAUAUGGAAAGGUUAACGAAGACAUAAUUAGAGCUUGGCAAGUUCUAAAAGAUUCUGUUUACAACUUCAGAGGAUUGGAUCGUAUGAGAGGAAAAUAUUCCAUCACUUGGACCCCAAGUUUGGACAUUAAUAUCUGGACUUGGUAUAAUUACAGUGAUGUUUUCGAUGCUUGGGAUAUUUUUGUACAGAAUGCCCAAGAAUUACAAGACAGUCCAGCAUUUUCACACGACCUUGUAGAUUUAACACGGCAAGCUCUUCAAAUAAACGGAGAUAUUUACUAUAAAAAAAUCAUUGCUGCAUUUAAGGCGAAAGAUUAUGAACGUUUUUAUGUGGAAUCUCGUAUUUUUAAAAACAUUUUUGAUGACUUGGAGACAAUACUUUCAACCGAUAAAGCAUUUUUACUAGGACCCUGGAUCGAGUCUGCAAAGAAAUGUGCCAACAAUUCAAAGGAAAGAGAUCUGUUUGAAUUCAAUGCAAGAAACCAAAUAACUUUAUGGGGCCCUAAUGGAGAAAUUAUUAAUUAUGCCAACAAGCAGUGGUCAGGUAUAGUCGCUAAAUAUUAUAAACCACGCUGGGAUUUAUUUAUCGCAGCAAUGAAUGCAAGUCUUGCAAAAGAUAUUCCUUUUAAUGAAAAAAAAGUAAAAGCAAAUAUGUUCCGGGAAGUAGAAGAACCAUUCACGUUUGAUCGCAGUAUUUUUCCAAUAGAACCAACAGGAAAUCCUGUUCAAGCUGCUAAAGAAAUUCACAGAAAGUGGGGUGUGCACUAUAGAAAAGUUCAUCCAAAAGAACUUGAAAAAUUUGUAGGGGGCAAUAAUAGACGAGAACCUUUAGUAUCUUUAAUAAAAAAAUAA